AUACACCACUCGAUUUUUGCCGACCAGCAGCAAGGAGCAUUCACCACCAGUGACCUUGCACAGUCGGUCAGCACGAGUAAUCUGCGAGCUGUCGAGAUCACCGAGGCGGACGUUUCCACAGACCCUCCGCCUCGCCUAGGCUGGCAACAGUCAUGGCCGCGGUGUCGCGUCGCACCGAGCCCACACCUCCAAGCCGACCUUCCAUCAGUCCCCUCAGCACCACAAAAUCUUCGCCUGUCGCAUCAAGAGAAGACGCCAUGUCGACUAUCAAUGGGCAAGAUGGCCUUGGUAGGGUGCAGGAUAUGGGCAUGACCGAUGCACCAGAACUCGCAGACGAUCGCUCGAGCAGUCUCAGCGAACCAGAGGACGAAGAUGACGAAGGCGCACAAUUGUUAGACGUUCGAUAUCGGAGUACCUUGGGGGAUGAUCGUGCAGGCAUUCGAUCAAAUGACAUUGAUUCUGAAGCCGAGACCGAGCGACUGGACCAAACACCGUCUCGCUUGCGCAAACGUGCUGAUAGUACAGGAAAGACGCCGAGUAAACUCAGCCAUACCGCGAUGGCAGACGAACUUUCUGAUGUGCCAUCACCUUCACGCGCAGUCGUCAACGGAGCCUCGAGCACAAGCACAGCAGGAACAAUUGGCAAAAAACGUAAGCGAUCCGAUACUGCCGAUAGCUCACUCACCAGCGCCGAAUCUCUACUUGGUGAAUCACCUCGCAAACGCUCACAAGAGUCACCACCCGUCCACGAGCACAUUGCUGAGGAAACCGACGCAGCCGAGGGUGCAAUCGAUCCCAGUGCACAGUCAAAAGCCUCGUCUCGGGAAGAGGACAGCGCCGCAGAUCAGGAGCCUGCUGCUGUGCAAUCGACUAAAGGUGGUUAUAAGGGCAGGAGGGCAAAAGUUAAGGGAAGAUCAAGAAAAGACGCAAGCAAGGACACCGAGGCCAGUGCAGCAAAUUCCAUGGACGUAGACGACGAGCCUGCCGAAGAGACUAUGGCAAAGUCACACGACGAGCUCAAGCAUAAAGGCGCUGCAUCGUCACUGUUCGAAGAUCUAGCCAAACAAUUUGCUUCCUUCCAUGACAAGCUAUUCAACGAGAAGCUUGCCGCGUUGGCCUCUGAGGUUGAGAUGCUUACGCAGGCGGACUGUCAACAUCCAGAAUAUCUGCGUCAGGCCGCAUGUGUGGAUGCGCGGUAUGCUAAGCAAGUCAGCGAGGUGCAUGCGUACUAUCGGUACAAAAUGCAGGCGCUUCGUAUUACUACUUUGGCUGAACGCAGCCAAUUGCACAGCCAAUACUUUCAGACUGCGCGCGAAUUGCGGGAGGAACAGGCCUAUCAGCUUGGUGAAGAUUGGUACAAGAUACAAAAAGAGCGGCGACAAAGCAGUCAUGGACAGGAUGGACAAUAUAUCCUCAAGUUCCCGACAAAGCGCAGCGAGCAGCUGCGAAAUCAAGCAAAGUACAACCAAGAGGUAUCUAUCCUCAGUGGCGUGGCAAAGUAUGUUGGUUUUCCGGCUGCACCAGCCAUCACUGGCGCUGAAGGUGAUGCUUUGGAGGAUGACUUGAAAUCUAUGAAGAUCACAAAGCGUGUUCCACAGGCAACAAACCAUAGCAAUGCGUCAAGCAUGUUCAUGAGCAAUCGUUAUACACAACCCCAGAGCGAGCGUUUAGCACACGAGCAAUUUAUAGAGCAAAAUGCUUGGGCUCGACCUCAGGGUACAAUUCCAAAUCACGGCACUCCCAACCUUACGCAUACGCCAGAUUGGGCGGAAGCCGGCAAUGCCACGACCGCCAAGCACAUGGCUCGCACGACUAGCACACCUGCAACCUCGAAGCGAGCCGCAAACUCGAAUGAAGAUCCUCCGCAAGACAGAAAGACUAUGAAAGACCAGUCUGCUCCCCCUACAGCGGAGCGAACUAUGGCCAUGACGCCAGGCGCCCGCGAUCCCAUCUCUCCCAUCGCGAUGGUCAAGCAGCGCCAGAAUGGCAACGACAAGGACGUGCCCAACUUCCGAAAUUUCAGCAAUAUAUCCGGCACUAGCACCAUCGAUGCACCCGACUCGGCCGAAAAGGACAAGGACCGCAUGCAGCAACACCAACACCACGCUUUCGAGCGCCAUCCCGUCGGCACACUGCUGCGGUAUCCGAGCACCAGCGACUCAGGCGGCAGGCCAGAGCCAUAUGCCGCCUUGCCGCAACCGAUUCUCCUUGCUUUUCGCAGACUUCGAUUCGGAAAGCAUUGGUUCGGAGAGGGGGGCUACGUCAUUUGCAUUUUAUGAAAGGCGCGGAUUUUCUUGAUUACGAUUUUGUUCGCGAAUGGGUUGGGGCAUAUGAUGGGAUGAUGUCCUCCUUUCGCUAUUUUGUGUUUCUUCUCCUUAUUCUUUUCUCCGCUCCCCGCAGUCUCACACAGUCCACUCCUCUCUCAAGGAGUUCGAGAUAUCAUCUUAUCAUCGACUGUCACCCCUCUCUUCCCCCGCCCUCAGUUGGACAACUUCGAGGGCGUCCGCUCACCGCGAUUGACGACGCGGCUUCUUCUCUUGAGAGA